GACGUGUGUUGGGCGCGCUGUGCGCCGCCGUGCUCCGUGUUUGGUACCCGCUGCCAUGCCCAAGCGGGGCUGCCCGUUCGGGGACGCUUCCCCGCUGCAGCUCAAGGUCCAUGUGGGCCCGAGAGAGCUGAGCCGCGGGGUGUUCGCCGAGCGCUGCUCGCGCGAGGUGUUCGGAAGGAUCUCCUCUUCCCCAGAAAGAACCAGGCAGCUCCUUUUCCAAGGGGCCCAGGCCUGUAGAGACCACAUAUGGGGCGAGAGCUGUUCUGUCAUCCACCUGCCGGAGUCACCGAAGCCUGGCCUGGUGCGGGCCCCUCAAGCUGCAAGGGGACAGAUGCUGAUUGGACCUGAUGGCCGGCUGAUGCGGUGCCAGGCUCAGGCCUCGGAAGCUGGUCUGCCCAGGACAGCUGCCAUCGCCUGCUCAUCCUGCGUGAGAUCCGCGGACGGGAAGGCGGUCUGCAGCCAGUGUGACCGGGCCCUGUGUGGACAAUGUGUUUACACCUGCUGGGGCUGCGGCGCCUUGGCCUGCGUGCUGUGUGGCCUUGCAGAUUACGCUGAUGACGGGGAGAAGAUACUUUGCACCAGCUGCGCUGUGUUUGAAACCUGACGUGGUGGCCAUGGACGGCACAAGAUGCUCACACUGAAGAGAGGAGCUGGCUUUUUAUACAUUAUGUUUUGUACCCCAGUAACGAAUGAAUAAACCUCUAUAUUUGCA